AUGAAAUGUUUCGCAACAUUGCUUCAAAUUACAAAAUCCGUUGAAAUAUUUGAAAAGUUUACAAAUGAUUUACAAAAUGACGAAAAUACUUCUAUUCCAACAAUGAUCAGAAACAUAUGGAAGAAAGUUUAUACAAUGAGAAGAAAUGCCGUGGAUGCAAAUCAGAACACAAAUGCUAACUCUAAAUCAUCAGAUCUCAAAAGCAACUUUUCAGAAUUUUCAAAUGAUUUCACAACAAAAACAAAAUUUGUUUUGCUAAGUAAAAUCGAAAAUGAUUUUGAAGAAGUCUUCAAAUUCAUUUCAUCCAAAUAUAGAUUUAAAUUCAUUUUGGAAACAUCUCAAAAAUUGAAUGAUAGAAACAUUUUAAGAAUCAAGUCAAUUGAUUAUUUAAUCGACACUAUUCCGAAACUUGAUUCGGAUAAUGAGUUCUUCUUGGUAUCAAAUUUGGGUUCAGAUUUCCAUAGAUGUGAUAAAUGCGAUAUUAAAACAUAUAAUGAACUCCAAGAUAAAAUUACAAAACUUUAUGAAUUCAUGAAAGCUAGAACUGAUGUUGUAACUAAUUAUAAUUUUCUUGCUUAUUCAAUGCAUGUUACUUGCCCAUAUAAUACAUUAGAAAAAGCUAUCAAAAGCAGCAAAGAUAAGGUAAGAGAAAUUUCAUGGAUUGUUAUGUAUAGAAAUGCAAUUAUAACAAAAGGUGAAGAUUACUUGAAUGGAUUAAUUCAAAUUUCACAAAAAGGUGAUUCAGAAAGUCGUAAAUUGAAAGCAUUAGCCAUAUUGCAACGUCUCAAUGGUCCUUUACCAGAUAUGAAGAGCUUAAUUGAGUCAUUUUCUAAAGACAAAAAUAGAUAUCUUUAUAUUAAUCUUUCUACAAAAGAAACAAAUAAUGAACAAGAUAUUUCAUAUCUCAAGCUAUUUUUCAACAUGUUCUUGGAUACAAUUGGCAACUAUGUUACAAAGCAAGGCGGAUUAAUCUCAGUUAUUGAUGAACUUGUAAGUUUCAUUAGAUUACUUUUGAAAAGUAAAAGUUCAGCAAAACACGAAAUUGUUUCGAAUUUAAUUCAUGAGACUCUUAGAGGAUUAUCGCCAAAUUUCAAUAAUGCUCAGCUUGGUUUAUUUGUCGUGUUAGGCGUUGGCGGAUUUCCAGAGUUUUCACUGCAUUAUUUCAAAAAUGGAAAGGUUGAUUAUAUGACAUAUAAAAUGAAAGGAUCAAUUCCUUCAGCAAGAGUUCCUUUCGAUCCAAACACAUUCCACAUUACUAAAGAAGAAGCUGAAAACUUCGAAAAAGUGUUUGAGUACAUUAUAAAAAUGAGCAAGGAAGUUAUUCCUGAAAAAAGAAAAUUAGAAAUUCAAUUAUUUUUGACAUCCUUUGUUUGUAUUUUAGAAAACAGAGAAAAUUGUAUGUUUUUCUCUGAUAGUUUCAUUGAAACUCUUGAUGAAACAAUGAAAGUUAAGAUUCAAAAUUACCCAUUUAAGGAGUUUUAUUUAGAUAAUUCUUACAUUCCAAUUAAACGCCCUUACUCUGGUACGUAUUGCGGAAGACAUGUGUUUUAUGAAGGUGGAAUCUACACUAUUGUUGAAGAAAAGAUAUCUAAAAUUAGAUUUGAAAAUGAAGUCGGAUUUUUUGUUGAAAUGAAACCAAGUCUUGCUCAUAUAAUUGAAGAUUCAAAUCUCAAUCGUAAUGAUUACUUUAAAGUAAAAGUAGAUCCCGAUGCUAUAGUAGUUGUCUUCACCAGACUAUGUUUACUCAAUCUUUGGAAUGCUGGUAAGUACCAAAAUCCGUAUUUGUUAUACAAAUGUCUAUUUUCAUUUUCCAAAAACAGAUUGGAAUUGAAAAAUCCAUUCUCCUCAGAAAAUUUCGAGAAUUUAUCAAUAUUAAAUAUGAAGAGCUACAAAUGGUUUAUCAACAAAAAGAUUGUUGAAAACUUUGGAGAUGUUUGCAAAUCAGCUAUUUCUUUUUACAAGAAUGCAUUGUGUUACAGUUCGGGGGUUGAUAAAACUGAACGUAAUUCAAACUUUUUAUUCCUUUAUAAAAAAGAAGAUCAAAGAUCUGAUAUAAUUAUUGUAGAUCAUACACCUAAAAAAGAUAAUGAUACCCACAUAUCAAGAAAUGGGUAUUGGACUCCAAUUCAUAUAUAUCCUGAAGAAAUUUCGAUCAAUGAACAUUACAAACCAAGAAAAUUGCAUGAUAUAUUUAAAUACUGUUUGUUCUGA